AUGGCUUCUUCCCACAACCCUGAUCACGUGAUGGCGGAAGAGCAGAUUCCUGUCGGGGACGAUACCCUUAACGAGCUCGACGAGGACUAUCUCGUUGACGAUCUCCCGGACGGCGCCUUGCCGGAACUCCCCGAGGAUGCUCAGACGUCUCUUCCUGUUGGCGCCCAGCCGACUUCGUCGGGUGAACCCGCAGCCAAGAAACAGUGUAGUGAAGGGCAAUCUUCGGCCGCUGCCACGGCCACUGUCUCCACCGGAGCGCCCUCGGCGCCGUUACCGAUUCCCCGCGCAAGCUCUUCCGGCAGCACGGAUGCCGCGGCCCCCACGCACACGCACGUUCGAGGGCCUUCGGGGCCACGAACUGCGCCCGCCUCUCGCGCUCGGCCUCAGCCGCAGGCCCAUGUGGCGGCGCAGGUUGCUGCAGGACCCUCCUCGACCCUUGCGCCUACCGUGCGUCACCGGAACCUGCGUCGCCACCGCUCGACGGUCGGAGCUGUACUGCAGUCGCUGACUCGCAACACGCAGUCCCUCGUGGACAUCAUCUUCCCGGAGUCCUCCGGCGAGGAAGCUCGGGCAGCGGUAGCGCUCGCAUCUCGACCCUGCUCAACGCAACCACCGAGUGGCGGACCACGCCUGCUUCGCUCUCACCCGGCGCGUGCGCCUCCCCAACAGGCACACUAUCUCCGUGGCUCAGCUUCAGUCCGUGAAUGCUUUUCUCCCGCACACUAUGCUGGCUUUCUUGCCCCCCUCCCUCCCCCUCCUUCCUCCCCGCUUCCCUGGAUCUGCCGUCUUCUCCCCCUCUCUCUGGAUUUGUUUCUUCCCCCCCCGCUCUGCCGUUCAGGGCGAAUCAUUGGCCAGCAGGCUGCCCCCGCCGCCUUCAAGAAGGACCCCGGGCUUCUUCUCAUCGGUGUGGACCUGGAUGUGGAGGUCUGGACCUACUCGUUGUGCGACUUCGACUGUGGCCUUGCACUAGACAGCGCAAUGUAUCACAUCAAUUCAGACCUGCAUCGCAAUCGCAUGCAGGAGACGGCGCACCUGCCGGCAGUAAAAGACAAGUAUGGUGCUUGGAAGGCUGCUACUCUGUUGCAGCAUCCUCACAUCUUUGCAUUCCUACAGUAG